GUCGGGGGCGCGCGGGGCGGUGGCGGGGCCCGAGGAGCCGCCUGUGCCCGCGCCCGCGCGAAGCCUCUCUCGCCGCGUCCCCGCCCCGCCGCCCCGCUCCCGAUGCGGGUCUCUGGGCGGAGGGGAGCCGCGUAGCUGCCGCCGGUGCUGCCGCCUGGGCCGGCCCGACCCGGACCCGCCACCCUGCCGCCGCCUGGGCGCCAGCCUGCCUGGCGGUCGGCGGGGCGCGGCCGGAGCGACCAUGGCCGCCCGCGGGUGUCCGCUGGAGGCGGUGCCGCUACCCGCGGACGUGCGAGAGGGCCUGGCCGAGCUGGAGCUGGAGCUGUCGGAAGGUGACAUAACUCAAAAAGGAUAUGAAAAGAAGAGGGCAAAGCUGCUUGCAUGUCACAUGCUGCUCACUCAAGUAGAGCCCACCUUCCAAGCAGAGGCUAGGACCCCAGGGCCCUCACAGACCUCGGCCGCAGCACCCAAACUGCAGAAGCCCCGGCCCACCACCUCCCGGGAUGAGCGCUUCCGGUCAGAUGUCCACACUGAAGCGGUGCAAGCAGCUUUGGCCAAAUACAAGGAGAGGAGGAUGCCUAUGCCUUCCAAAAGACGCUCUGUCCUCGUGUACCCCUCCGCAGACACCUGCACCCCCCCAGACACAUCGUCUGCCUCAGAAGAUGAGGGCCCUUCACGGCGGCCAGGGAGACUCACCUCCACUCCUCUCCAGAGCCAUGGCAGCAUCGAGCCCUGGCUCGGCCAGGUCCUUGAGGCCUCGUCCUCCUCCUCCUCCGCUUCAUCUCACCCGGGUGGGAGACCUGCCGCUGCUCCCUGGGCGGCCACUGCACUCACGGGCCCCACGGCUGACGCCCACAUAGGUGUCCCUGUGAGCAGCAGAGUGUCCUCCAGAAUCCAGCAGCUUCUCAACACCCUGAAGAGACCGAAGCGCCCUCCUCUGAGAGAGUUCUUCAUGGAUGAUUUUGAGGAGUUGCUGGCAGUUCGGCAGACAGACCCAAAUCGGCCAAAGCCUGAAGGAAGCCAGAUGGUGGUGCUGAAAGGGGAGCCUCUGGCCGCCGAGGCCCCCCAGCCUCCGUCACUGCUGGCCGCCUUGCAGCGGUGGGGCACCACGCAGCCGAAAGCCCCCUGUGUGACUGCCCUGGACACCGCUGGGAAGGCCGUCCACGUCCUCACCUACGGCAAACUUUGGAGUCGGAGUUUAAAACUAGCUUAUACUCUACUUAAUAAACUGACUAGUAAGAAUGAACCACUCCUUAAGCCUGGAGACAGAGUGGCGCUGGUGUUCCCGAACAGUGACCCGGUGAUGUUCAUGGUCGCGUUCUACGGGUGUCUGCUGGCAGAGCUGGUUCCUGUCCCCGUAGAAGUGCCGCUGACCAGAAAGGAUGCUGGCAGCCAGCAGGUCGGGUUUCUGCUGGGCAGCUGUGGCGUUGCCCUGGCCCUGACCACGGAUGCUUGUCAGAAGGGCCUACCCAAGGCACAGACUGGAGAGGUGGCGACUUUCAAAGGUUGGCCCCCCCUUGCCUGGCUGGUGAUUGAUGGGAAGCAUCUGACUAAGCCCCCGAAGGACUGGCACCCGUCGGCCCAGGGUGCAGGGGCUGGGACCGCCUACAUCGAGUAUAAGACCAGCAAAGAAGGCAGCACAGUGGGGGUGACAGUGUCCCACACGUCCCUGCUGGCGCAGUGCCAAGCUCUGACCCAGGCAUGCGGCUACUCCGAAGCUGAAACGUUAACGAAUGUGCUGGAUUUCAAAAGGGACGCUGGUCUGUGGCAUGGAGUGUUCACAAGCGUCCUGAACAGGAUGCAUGUGAUCAGCAUCCCGUACGCACUAAUGAAGGUGAACCCACUCUCCUGGAUUCAGAAAGUGUGCUCGUAUAAAGCCCGGGCCGCACUGGUGAAGUCCCGUGACAUGCACUGGUCUCUCCUGGCUCAGCGAGGUCAGAGGGAUGUCAGCCUCAGCUCCCUGCGCAUGCUGAUUGUGGCCGACGGAGCUAACCCAUGGUCCAUAUCCUCCUGUGACGCGUUCCUCAACGUCUUCCAGUCCAGAGGGCUGAGGCCGGAGGUCAUCUGCCCCUGUGCCAGUUCUCCUGAGGCGCUGACAGUUGCCAUUCGCAGGCCGCCUGACCUGGGAGGACCUCCUCCAAGAAAAGCUGUCCUGUCAAUGAACGGCCUCAGUCACGGCGUAAUCAGAGUGGAUACUGAAGAAAAGCUGUCGGUCCUGACAGUUCAGGACGUGGGUCAGGUGAUGCCCGGAGCUAAUGUAUGUGUAGUGAAGGUAGAAGGUACCCCUUAUCUUUGUAAAACUGAUGAAGUUGGAGAAAUAUGUGUCAAUUCCAUCGCAACUGGUGCAGCAUACUAUGGACUGCCUGGAAUCACAAAGAACAUCUUUGAGACCGUCCCGGUCACAGCAGAAGGAGUGCCCGUCUCCGACAGGUCCUUCACCAGGACAGGGCUGCUGGGCUUCAUUGGGCCUGAUGACCUGGUCUUUGUCGUGGGCAAGCUGGAUGGGCUGAUGGUGGUCGGAGUUCGCAGGCACAACGCGGAUGACAUUGUGGCCACUGCACUGGCUGUGGAGCCCAUGAAGUUUGUCUACAGAGGCAGGAUCACUGUGUUCUCUGUGACGGUGCUGCACGAUGACCGGAUUGUCCUUGUGGCCGAGCAGCGCCCCGACACGUCCGAGGAGGACAGCUUUCACUGGAUGGGCCGCGUGCUACAGGCAGUCGACAGCAUCCACCAGGUGGGCAUGUACUGUCUGGCCCUGGUUCCUGCCAACACCUUGCCCAAGGCUCCACUUGGAGGGAUUCACAUUUCUGAAACCAAGCAGCGCUUUCUGGAGGGGAUGCUACACCCAUGCAAUGUGUUAAUGUGCCCUCACACCUGUGUUACCAACCUUCCCAAACCUCGCCAGAAACAGCCAGAGGUCGGACCGGCCUCCAUGGUCGUCGGGCAUCUGGUUGCCGGGAAGAGGACGGCGCAGGCCUCUGGCCGGGAGCUGGCUCACCUAGAGGAGAGCGACCAGGCCCGGAAGUUCCUGUUCCUGCCUGACGUGCUGCAGUGGCGGGCACACACCACUCCCGACCACCCACUAUUUCUGCUCCUGAAUGCCAAGGGCUCAGUCACGAGCACUGUGACCUGCGUCCAGCUGCACAGAAGGGCUGAGAGGGUGGCCGCGGCUCUGAUGGAGAAGGGAAGGCUGUGCGUCGGGGACCACGUGGCUUUGGUCUACCCCCCAGGGGUGGACCUUAUCGCUGCCUUCUACGGCUGCCUGUACUGUGGCUGUGUGCCUGUCACUGUGAGGCCCCCACACCCCCAGAACCUCACCACCACACUUCCCACUGUCAAGAUGAUCGUAGAGGUCAGCAAGUCCGCUUGUGUCCUCACCACACAGGCCAUCGUGCGGCUGCUCAAGUCCAAAGAAGCAGUGGCCGCCGUGGACGUCAGAACCUGGCCGACCAUUCUAGAUACAGAUGACACACCAAAAAAGAAGGUGGCCAGCAUUUUCAGGCCCCCCUCCCCAGACGUGCUCGCGUACCUGGACUUCAGCGUGUCGACCACAGGCGUGUUGGCAGGUGUGAAGAUGUCGCAUGCAGCUACCAGUGCCUUGUGCCGCUCCCUCAAGCUGCAGUGUGAGCUGUACCCCUCGAGGCAGAUCGCCAUCUGCCUGGAUCCCUACUGUGGCCUCGGCUUUGCCCUGUGGUGUCUGUGCAGUGUCUACGCAGGACACCAGUCUGUGCUGGUGCCGCCGCUGGAGCUGGAGAGUAAUGUGUCCCUGUGGUUAUCGGCCGUCAGCCAGUUCAAGGCCCGGGUCGCCUUCUGCUCUUACUCAGUGAUGGAGAUGUGCACCAAGGGCCUGGGUGCGCAGACCAGCGUCCUCAGGAUGAAGGGGGUUAACCUGUCAUGUGUUCGCACAUGCAUGGUGGUCGCCGAGGAGCGGCCCAGGAUCGCGCUGACGCAGUCCUUCUCCAAGCUGUUCAAGGACCUGGGCCUGCCGGCGCGCGCCGUAAGCACCACAUUUGGGUGCAGGGUCAACAUGGCCAUCUGCCUGCAGGUGCAGACACGGCCUGAGAAUGAGGUGAAGGGGGGUUCCUCUGACUCUCUCCUUCAGGGCACAGCCGGCCCGGACCCCACGACCGUCUACGUGGACAUGAGGGCACUGCGCCACGACAGGGUACGUUUGGUAGAACGGGGUUCUCCGCAUAGUCUGCCGUUGACGGAGUCUGGAAAGAUCCUCCCUGGAGUGAAGGUCAUCAUUGCGCACACCGAGACCAGGGGGCCCCUCGGAGACUCCCACCUGGGUGAGAUCUGGGUGAACAGCCCCCACAAUGCCACUGGGUACUACACGGUCUAUGGGGAGGAGGGGCUGCACGCCGACCACUUCAGUGCCCGGCUGAGUUUUGGAGACACCCAGACCAUUUGGGCGAGGACUGGCUACCUCGGCUUCCUUCGGAGAACGGAGCUCACAGAUGCCAGUGGAGAGCGACACGACGCGCUGUAUGUCGUCGGGUCUCUGGAUGAGACGCUAGAGCUGAGAGGCAUGCGCUACCAUCCCAUUGACAUCGAGACGUCCGUGACCCGCGCCCACCGGAGCAUCGCUGAGUGUGCCGUGUUCACCUGGGCCAACCUGCUGGUGGUGGUGGUGGAGUUGGCGGGGCUGGAGCAGGACGCCCUGGACCUCGUGGCCCUGGUGACCAGUGUGGUGCUGGAAGAGCACCACCUGGUUGUGGGUGUGGUGGUCAUUGUGGACUCGGGUGUGAUCCCCAUCAACUCCCGGGGCGAAAAGCAGCGCAGGCACCUGCGUGACGGCUUCCUGGCUGACCAGCUGGACCCCAUCUAUGUCGCCUACAACAUGUGAGCACCGCUCACCAACCUUGCUCCUGAGGCAGCGCCACCCCGGCCGCCAGGCGUUAGGGCAUCGGAGGUACGGGGCCGCCAGAAGUGGGGCUCCAGUCUUCACAGGACGCUGCACCCCUUCCUCUCCUUCCACAGGUCCGUCUCAAAGUUCCCCAAACCUCAUUUUAGAAUCCACUUCCUGAAUUACUUGGAGAAAUGUUCUAGUCUUCAAGGACAUUUGCAAAAUUGCUCAUGUCAGUAUUUCAACAGAUGGUGCCUGGGAAAGGGAAGCCUGCAUGGGCUCUGCAGGCUCACCCUCUGCUGCACCGCAAGUUUGCACUUGUUCAAGGAUAAAAAUGUAGUUCUUGAUUUUAAAAAAUUCAAUUAUUUAUUCCCACUUCAAAUGACCAGUUCAUAUAUAGAAUUUAUGUGAGAAUGAACUUGAGGCCCCAGGAUACGUGCUCCACUUCCACUUCACGGGGAGGAGCUGAGCUCAGGAAGUCUGAGGAAGGGCAGCGUGCCCAGUUGGCCGCCCCGCUCCCAGACUGAGACCAUGGAGGUCAUCACACAUGUGCCACUUCCUCUCUGCCAUUUCUUUCCUGAAACAGACAUGCCCAGCUAUCUACAUACAUCGUCACUGAUACUGGACAAGUGCCAUUUGGGGUUGUCCAGUUAGAUGCUGUGUUUUGGAGAGGGAAACCAGCAUUGAUUCUAAACCGCUUUCCUGGGGUUAUAGCUUCAUGCCGUUAAGUGCUCAUUUUCAUGAUGCCACAGUGUGAUUCUUCUCAGUACAUGGCAGCGUACUGAACUGUUAUUUGCGUUCUGAGUGAACAGAUUUGGAGACUGGCAGCAGGGUCUGAGAUCCUAGUGUCCUCGGUGCUGUUUGCUAGCACUCUACAGUGAGGUGAAGAGCCGGGGACGUGGCUGAGGGGGGCAUGGUCACCCAUACCCUGACUUUUGCAUUUUGAGUUGUGUGCCUAUAAAAUUCAGCCAAACCGUACUUGGUUAUUUCAUUCAAGUUUGACUGAGCCGAGUGAUCUGACAUUACAGUAAAUGUGAAUCGGAGACCAGAAGGCAAAAUCCCUUAGAUACUUAAGAAUUUGAAGUGAAGCUUGAAUCUAAGACAGAUUAUUUUUGUAUAGCUAAUAAAGAGUAUGUUAUGAUGGUGUUGGGUUUUGGGGUCAUGGAGGUGGGAAAGUGUAUGGACUAUGCCAUGUUUUCUGGAGCUAGCCUGGGUCAGUGCCUGACAAGCUGUUACCAGUUCUCUACCGUUUAAAUCCUCCCCCACCUAGGGCUGGCUGCCCGCCCACUGUCCCAUCUCACUCUUAAUUGGCUACCAGCAGCAUAUGCGUAGUCGCUCUGUUUGCCUCUGGUGUUGAACUGUAGUAUAAUACAUCAUAACAUACUGGAAUUCUAAUAAUCCUGUUGUAAUUAUGUACAUACUAUGUAAUUUAUUGUUGGACAUACAGAGGUUCUAGCAGUGGACUAAUGGACAUUCCUUAGAAAGGAAUGACCAGCCAGGGAAAGAACUACCUAACCGUAAUCUUAAUGUAGUUUUAUAGCAAAUAUUGUAAAAUUUUGUAUGGAAAGGUCAGUGGCAGUAGACAAGGUGUCUUGUAAAUUAAGAUUUAAAGCACAUUAAAAUGUUUUAAAAUUACCCUCUGGGAAUUCUGUAUAUCACACUAAUUUUUUUUACAUUAUUAUAUUAAUAAAAGGUGUUGACUUUGUAA